CUUUUGCAGUCUGCAAAUAGAUAAGAGGGAAAAGUACUGGGUUAGUGUCCCGAUAACUCAGUUUGUACUGUAGUAAAAUGAUACGACGCUGUUUUAUUACUGGGAAGUGAACUGGAGGAGAAGAAUCUAGGAUGGGCUCAUUGCAGCCCAACUCCUUGAGGUCAAGCUGGGCUCUAAUGGACUUGGACCGGCAAGUGCUUACGUGCUUAAAGCCUAAAGCAAAGGAAUCAAAUACUUGCGAGACCCAGGAAGCCGUUUGAUAUCCACCAAUCGGAACCACAUAAAUGUUCGAAAAUUCAGAGUACUAUACAGGGAACGAGGUUGUCAGGAAGUAGCUUCACACGUGAUUUGAACAUACAUGUGUUAGAGAGGAUUCAUCGCUAAGGAACAAGCUCACACACAUCGCCUUGCUCAGGAUUAUGCUUAGAAGGUCUCUCUCUCACUCUCUCUCACUGUUUCUCUUAAUCGCAUUUGUAUGUUUGGAUACGAAGCGGAAAAUUGGAUCUGUUUAGAUCUGGUUUCACUACUCUUUUAAUUACACGCAAAUGAGAGAUCUGAAUGUUUCUUGUUUGUAUAGGUUUCAUGUCGCAUUGGAAUAUUUGGGAAUCUGAUGAGAUGGAUGAGGGCUUCUCUGUUGGCAGGAGAUGGGAGGACUUGGAUACUGAUAUUUUGGUCAAGAUAUUCCAGUCUUUCGAUAUUUUCCAAUUAACUUCAGGCAUUGCUCACGUUUGUAGCGCAUGGCGCUUGGCCUGCUGCGAUCCUUUGCUCUGGAAAACACUUGACCUCUCCAUGUUGAAAUCUAAUUUCAUUAAAAUCCCUUUGGAGCCUUAUGUGUAUGUGGAUGGUCGUUCUGAUAAGACAUUGACUCGGUUGUUGAAGAUAUCCUUGAAUCUCAGUCAGGGAAACAUAACAUCACUGAUUUUCCACUUCAAUUUGUAUGUAAGCGACGAGCAGUUGACUUAUACUGCUGAAAGGUGCCCACGACUUAGAAGACUUGUUCUGCCAGCAUGGAACCGAAUAAAAACGACUGGAAUAUGCAAGGCUAUACAAAAGUGGGAAGAUCUUGAGUCCUUGACAAUGCCUAGCAUAGCAAAUCCCCGUGACCUGAUUGAAAAAAUUGCCAAUAAUUGUAGGAACUUCAGUGAACUCAAGGUCAUGGGUCCUUUUGAUGUUUCUUUUGCUUCCACGCUAGCUGAAUAUCUUCCAAAACUAAAAGUUUUGAGCCUCCGUUGUUCAAUGCUAAUUAAGGAUGCGUUGAUCCUAAUGUUGGAUCGUUUGCAAUGCCUAGAAGUUCUCAACAUAUCACAUUGCCUUUUGAUAGAAACCCCUGCACCUCCUGCUCCAAGACGAAUUAUUAAGGAGCUUGAUCAAACCAUCCUAGAGAAGGCAUCCCGGUUACGUGAAUUCUUAACUUGCAUGGCAGAUUCCUGCAUUAUGUGCCAGAGGACAGAAAAUGAUGAAGGGCUCAUGCGGUGGUACAAGUACGAGGAAGGUUUGUGGAAGGCAGAUGAGGUGAGUUCUCUUUCUCUUUGAUUGGAGGAUCCUGGGGUAAUAUUUUAGUUCCUAGAAGCUAUAGGACAUGCUCCUUUUUCUUGAUUAUUGCUUUGUUUUAAUGAUAGAAACAAAAUAAAUGAUGUUUGAAUGGAUGUAAUUAAAAAGCUCUCAUCACAUCCUCUCAGUGGCUGGUCAUGGAGAGGGGUCUGAGGAUUUGCUGAUAAUCUGUUUCUUUUGCAGAGAUAUCCUUGUAAUUGUAGCGAUAAUGUAUAUAUGGUAAAUUAUCCCUUUCUGUUGUUCCCA